AUGGUGAGUCCUUCGUCUCCGGGGUACUGUAGCCUACCGAGACCGAAAACCCGAAAACUUGUUCGUCGAAUCAGGAUCCUGCAAGAAUAGUUUGCAAAAGACGCAGAGAAUGAGAUCAAGGUGACGACUUCACGAGUGCCACGUCAUCAAAUUAACUGCAAGCAUAAGUGGUUCGGAAGCGAGGAAUGGUCAGGGUCAAACUUGGCAUUCCGCCAACUUCCUGUCCCUUCUAGACUACAAAAUAUGACCCUGACUUCUCUCGCCGUCACAUUCAUUCGCUAUGAUUGUCUUCUCAAAAGGGUCCUAUCAAUCUUCAUCAUUUUUCCGAUCAUCUUGAGUUUAUUAUCCUUCUUCUCACUGAUUCCAAUGACGUCACUGAUUCGAUUCGAUUCGCCCCCCGCAAAUCGGUCCAUCCCCCCACGUGACUGUGUUCCAGCACGUGUCAUUUUGUGAUUGAUGCAAAAAGGUCAAGAAGACCGUUCUCGUACUUGGCGCUGAUCUCGAACUCUUUAGCCCUGCGGUUCCACCCUUUUCAAAUUUUCUCGAAAAAACAAAAGGGCCACACCUAUCGGCGCCUGCCGCCUUUCGAAGCUUCUUGAUUUCCUCUUCAUUUCCCCCCAUUCGAAACCAGUUUUCACUGUUUCCAAAAACAAAGAAGGCGAUGAUUUUCAGCAGCAGAAACGUUGCGAGACCACUGAGACCCCGUCGUCGUCGUCGUCGGCCAUCAGAACGUGAUUUGUAUUAUUUACCCUUUCGAAACACACUGUCAUAAUCUGCUAAUCCGUCGUCUCGUUUCCUGUUUCGAUACUUUUGUGUUGCGAACUCUUGCUCGCGCCUCCUACGGUACCUCAACCGGCUUGUUUUGGCGCUGACGUCAUCCGGCGGCUCCGUCAUGCGAUCCUCUCUCUCUCUCUCUCUCUCUCUCUCUCUCUCUCUCUCUCUCUCUCUCUCUCUUCCGAUUCGCCGCACUCUAAUUGGACCUCAUUUCCAGACCUCCAGAAGGAUAAAAAUGAAUGAAUCGAAAGCAAUUUGUGCGGGGAGGAAGAGCCGCCCGACUCGUCCUCCUCCCUCACGUAAACGUCCAAUUUAUUGGGGUGGUAUUGAGAGUGUCAUGUUCUUUUUCCCUUUUCUUCUUUUUGGGCCAAGAGCAAGAGCGCUUCGAAAAUCUCGGCCCGGCUCCCAUUACUUUCCUUCCGCCCACUCGACUUCGCUUCCAGAAUCCUCCUUUGCUCUUCUUUAAAUUGCCAGAGUAAAUAGCAAUUUGAAGAACUCAUUUUCGGUCUGAAUCUCUAUUUCUUCCAAUUUUGCCCGGUAAAUAACCACUCGAUUUGCUUGUUUUUUUUUCUUCGGAUUUCUCAACUCGUUCCACCGAAUAUUUGUGUCAUUCGCAGCUCAUUUAAGUUUUCCGAGAUAUUUUCAAUUCAUGAGAUUUUCGAGACAAGGAACGAAAAAGAGAAGGGUUUUCCCGUAUUCCAACGCGAGUUUGUUAUUUUCCCCGGAAGAUGCCGCCGUGACGCUUAUUAUGUGUUGGAACCGUACCCGUCCGCUUUUCAAAGCACCACAGCCCUUUAAUGCUCCACUUCCGUUAGUUUCUAUUUUUGUGCAAAAUUGCGAAUAUUUCGUGCUUUUUCCGACAUAUUUGACUCCUCUUUAUCCGCAUAUAAAUAGGCGUUUCGUUGUUUUUCUUCUGGCGAAUUAGCAUUGAGCACCGGUCGAAAAAUAUUUGAAUUCCAGAAUUCCGUGAAAAUGGAAGGUAGAGCGCGAUUGAUUGAUAGCCUUCAAAAAAUACCCGAUUGAAUUAUCCGUCGACUUGCCCAGACCCAUUUCCAGUGACUCAUGCUCAAAAAAUCUCAGGCAUCAUGUCAGAAAUCAGUCCGUCAUCGGCCAUUUUCCGCUUGGCAGUCCGCAUCCUAUUUCUGGUCACAAUGUUUCUUUUUUUGACUCUCCACAUCUCCUCUCGUUUCGGUUCCAUUUUCUCACGUAUUCUGAAGGAACGAAGACUCAUUCCCACCGAACCAAUAAUUGGAUUCGAAUUGAAAUCGGAAUCAUAACAACAAAUGGAAAGAGAAGUGACGUGGUUUUCUUCUGAAAGCAAUUCAAUCCAAUAAUAAUUAUAGUUUUCUUCCUAGUAUAUCCACCAAACCUUUCUGGCCAAGCUUCAUCAUAAAAUGACAUCAUUCUCCAACCCAGUUCGCCAAAUGAGUGACAGGAUGACGGUCGCGGGCGUUUCUAGUCUACUACCGUCUUUUGUGACUCAAUUUAAUCUACUUUUGACGCUGAACUUCUCGUCUUACCGUAUACAUUUAGUCGUUCUCCGGUUUCUGGGUCAGUUCGCCAGCUGUUCAGCCGAGUGAAUCAUCCCACGUGUGCGGCUUCUUCCACACAUCCUACACACAUUUUUUGUUACACUCCUCACUCGCACACUUGCAACUUUGUGUCUAUUCCUCUGCAGUUUGCAGUGGAAAAGAAGAAGCGGACCACGUUUUUGUGUCGUCAUCAAUCGCUUAUCAUUUCCUCUCCCUCUCCUCUUUUUCUCUCUUUCUCUCUCUCUCUCUCUAUUUUCUCGAAUACUUUGGAAUGAAUGUUUCAGACAAUAUGACAAGGUUAUUCGAAAAGUUACAAAGGAGUCUUUCGCAUGAGAUGAGGUCGUACAGCUCUUUGAAUCCGCUGUUACCCUCCUCAGAAGACACUUCAAUCCAGUCGUUUUCGGUAAGAUUCUCCUCGACUACCGUAAUCCUCACACGCUCUUUUUUGUACCUGGAUGAUCAUGUUUGACGGACACAAUUAUAUGUAUUGUAUCUGCUCUAGCCACCGCCUAAAUCCCUCCUCAAUCCAUUUUCCACAUCAAAAACUUAUCUUCUUCUUUCUGUAAAAAAUGAAUAAGAAAAGCCACGUUUAUAAAGUGUUGAUGAACCGUAAUUCGCAACUGUCGGUGGUCAGUUGGCCCAGAGGUCUCGAGGUGGGUACAGUAACCGUCCGUUUGCCAAACAAACUGUGCAUUCCCAUCAUUAUAAUAUUUUUCGAAAAGAGCUAUUUUUCCUGUGAUCUAUAGACAUUUUUGCGAGUGCUCUUUGUUAGUUGUGAUCACAAUGAACGCGCUCACUAUGACAAUGAAUAAGAUGAAUCAGUAUAUCUCCGGCGGCGCGCAUCUGGAACGCUGCAUCUGAGCCUUCGUGGACGACCUGCUGCCGUUCGGCCAUGUUUUGGUACCAAAAGUAAACCAAUGGGGACCAAUUUUUUGCAGUUUUUUUAAAGACAAAAGCUCAUUUAAUUUGGAAUUGUACGGUCUAGUUUUUGAGAAAAAUCUGAAGAGCCUGUUUUGGUCUAGUAGAGCGGCGAUGGCCGCGGGAUCAGGGACUAGAAACCUCCGCGAGACCCCAAAAAGAAAUCACCGUGUUUCAGAAUGGCGUAUCUCUCGAAGAGGGAAAACAAGCAUCGUCUUCAUUGCUCCGUGAUACAGGUAAUUGCCCCUCAAGAACUUUAAAAAAUGUUACGUCUAGGUCAAAACAGCCGGUCAAAAGGGGCAGAAAACAGUCCGAAAACCUGUUGGUUGCUCUCCUUAUUUCUCAUUUUUCUACUCGUAAUAAUCAGCUUCGUCAUCGCCACUUUUCUUUACUACCGAACACUACGUACGUUCCCCCCUUCCACCGCUCAUUGAAUUUUCAUUGAAUUCCUUUUAGCGUGUACCUCUGAAGAGUGCGUCAUGACGGCGGCACGUCUUCUGAAGCGCAUGGACGCCAACACAGAACCGUGCGACAACUUUUAUCAGUUCGCGUGCGGCGGCUGGAUAAACCAAUCGGUCAACUUGAAAUACGACUCCUGGAACACAUUGUACGAGACGCAGAGGACGGCACACGAUCAGAUUGUGCAGGCGAUGCAGAAGAGUGAGUUGAUCCGGAGGGUCCGGAAGGAUUACGGUAGAUCGUUUCAGUCAACGAAGGCUCUUAUCCUCUUCCGACGAAUGCGGGGGAACGGGCGGCGGCGAAGAUGUACGAGCAGUGCAUGGACAUGGACACCCUCGAACAGACCGGUCUCGGGUUGUGGGAACGGUUCGUCGAAGAGCUCGGAGGAUGGAUGCCUGAGUUGAAGGCCGGAGAGUUGGAGCAGGAAGAGACGUUUGAGAUCGAGCCGGACGAGGAGACGAAGAAGAAACGGAGGUUCGAAGUGGAGGAUAUCAUUCUGAGCGCUUUCAAUUAUUCGGUAUUCCCUUUGUUUUGGGCUGGAGUCGAGGUCAAUUACUUGGAUUCCAAAGAGCAUCUGAUUACGGUAGGUUAGAUUAAAACUGGUGACCGAAGUAUUCAGAUUCGUUCAGAUCUAUGAGCAACUUCCGAUUUUGUUGGCGCCUGAAAAGUAUCAUUAUGACAAGGAACUGACUCCCGAAAUGAUCUACGGAAAGAUGCAAGGACCUCCAGUGACUAGGGCUCUCCAGCAGGUCGGAGAGGAACUCGCUGGCGUGCUCGGCUUCGACUCGAACGAUGAAAAAGUGAGAAUGAUGAUCGCAAACAUGAUAUACCUCGAGUACCAGAUCACCAUUGCUGGCUCAACGGUUAGUUUAGAGCUUCAAGAGCUUCAGACCAAUACUGUUCUUCUUUCAGUUUUACAAAGAGAAGAAAGAGCGAUAUACAGUGGUGACACUAAGAGAACUUCAAGAGAUUGCUCCAGCUGUAAGUAUCUUUCAUGGUCCCUCUCAGAUUACCCGAUCUUCAGAUCAACUGGCACUACUUCCUGUCUCGUCUCGUCGGCGAGAACCUCUCGCAUUCCGAACCGAUCGCUCUCAAAACGGGUACACAGUGGAUACCGAUCCUUUCGGCGAUUGUGGACAAGCUGAAACAGACGAGAGGUGGAGUCGCGGUCCUCAAGAACUAUGUCAAGUGGAAGACGAUUAUGUUCCAUCUGGCGUACGCCUCUCCAAAGUGCAGAGACGGACUGCUCUGGAUGGCCGUCGGACUGUAUUCAGGAGCUGCGAGCCAGAGAAAAGAGUUCUGCGUGCUCAGACUUUCCGGAAUCUUCCCACUUUCUUUGCCUUCGAUUCUCAGAAAAAUUGAUGGAAUUGAGCACACUGAGAAGGUAAUCCAAAGGUGAUCAAACAUAUUUUAGCUUGCUCUUUUAGAACGUGAAAGUUGUUCAAGACAUGGCCGACAGGAUAUCAGAAGAAUACAAAUCAAUAGUCGAGUCCAGCGAUCUCUUUUCUGACUUCGAGACCCGACAGAACGUAGUCCACAAAGUGACCAACAUGACCAAGUUUAUCGGGUUCCCCGACGCGAUGCGAAGCGACUUCGAGAUGGAGAAAGAAGCGGUCCGUCUGCAAAGCAGCCUUUUCUGGUCAAUGGUUCUCGGCAGUUCCGCCGUCUACAAAGAGCGCCUCCAACGCCUCCGACUGCCUGUAAACCCCCGUGAUUGGGUGGAUACUCGGCCUGCAAUCUCGGUCCCGGCCCACAAUUACGAGAGGAACCUCAUUCAGAUCCCCUUCGACUCUCUCCGAUUGCCAUAUGCAGAUGAACAUCAGUUAGAGUAAGUUGAGAACGGUCCUUCAAAGUUUGGAUUGAGCUCUUUUUCAGUUUCGCAAACUACGCAGGCGUCGGCACAAUCAUCGGUCACGAGUUGACUCACGCAUUCGACGGACAAGGUACGUCCCUCCGCUUCCGUUUCUCGGCUCAUUCUGAAAUGUUUUGUUACGCGUACUAGUCACGACUACUACUUUUCCUUCUUCUUCUCGAACUAAAUGAGCUAACGAGGGGGCGACACUCUCUUUCGUAAUGACCGACCAGUUCCAAUUAGACCCUUCCGCUCUCCUCGCUUCUUUCUCUCUCUCUCUCUCAACGGUCAGCUGAAACCCAAGAGAAUGAAGGCAGUUAAAGCGAGAAAAGGGGGAGGGAAGAGCUUGAAUUAUUCCAAAAAUAGGGCGUGCGCUGGCAAGGAAGCCGAAAGGAGAAGGAGCAGCGGCGUCUAAUUAGACACCCGCUCCUAAUUUUGAGCUUCGCUUCUAUUUUCGGAGAAAGAUACAUCCCACGCAGCGAGCAGUAUAGUUUGAAGAUUGUGUUUGUUUUCUGAAAAUGAGAUGGAGUGCCGCGCAAUGACGUGACGUGUCGGCGGGCAAAGAGGAAGUAGGCAAACAGCCGCAUGAUGACGUGGCGCAUUGCAGGUAAACUACACGGUCCCACCGGAAACCUCGGCCACUGGUGGAGCCCCGAAACGGUGCGUCGGUUCAAGAGCCGCGAGCAGUGCUUCGUCAAACAAUACGCAGGACUCAUGGAAUCGCACGACGUACUCGUUUCCCGUCUAGACACCCUUCAAUUGCCUGUUUUCAGAUGAACGCCGCCAAGGAAGGCCUUUACGAAAACAUUGCCGAUCACGUGGGACUCAAAGUCGCCUACGAGGUGGGAAUUGUAAUUGGAAUUGUGAAGGAGAUGGGUUUUACAGGCGUGGAAAGCGAAUGGAAACCAGAACUCUGCACGGAUGCCCGGCCUGGAAAAGUACUCGCAGGAUCAGCUCUUCUUCCUGGCGUACACGCAAGGAUGGUGUGCUCUCCGAUCGAAAAGUUACAAGUUGCAGCCGCAUAUGGAGGAGAGAAUACGGUGAGUUCGGUGGAGCGCACUUUCCCAAACGCCCGAUUGCUCUUUACAGAAUGCUCGGCUCUCUGCAGAACUCUCCAGAAUUUGCGGAUGCGUGGCAGUGUCCGACCACAAGUUUCAUGAAUCCAACUGAUAAAUGUACCAUUUGGUAGUCCCACAUUCCCAUUUUAAAGCCCGCCGAUCUCAUCGCCCGUUUCCUCUCAAUUUUCGGUUGUGCCCGUUUUCCGCUAUUCCACCCAGUCAUUCCGUUGUUUUUCCUUCCACAUAACUUUAAUUAUACCUCAGCUUUAUGACCCGACCAAAACGCUAAUCGCAGGUGUCUAGUGUUUUUCGUCACUAAUCUUUGAAUCCAAACAAUUCUAGUCACUCUCCCGCUCCCUUCUGAUUUCCGUCACAAUUAAAGACGUAACAAAACAAAACCCGUUCCCCCGUCUGAUGGGGUCUUUGUUCGGACCUCCCUGGGGCCUCCGAACGGACUCCUCGAUGACUGUUGAUCUCCGUUUUCCCCAAUAUUUUGAUCUGAAUCAGUUAAUGAAUAAAGUUAAUCGAAGAAACGCAAAAAAGUUUUGUGUGUGUCUCGUCCGGAAAUCUUUUAAUUGAAUCGGAAACUACAAAGAGUUGAGAAUUAGAGUCAAAAAUAAAAACAUGUGACUCGGAGUCUAUUCCGUCAGAAGACGUCCUCCUCCGCACGCCAUUAUGACAUUUGAUUCUGGCCUCAAAAUUCUGAUGCUGUGAGAAGGCGACAAGCGUGAAUUGUCAGCACAUUUAUAAAGUCUGUUUUUCACGUUUUUUUCAUUUACAUUUAUCACCCGGCUUGGUCAAUUUCGAGGAACGCCACGGGAAAAGUAUCCGAAAACAUGCCAUCCAAUUUAUAUACUCAAUUUCAACCUGAAAUUCAAUUGCAUUCCACGUCUUUCCCCUCCAUGAAAAAACUGUGUCAUCACCAACUACAGUAAUCGUUCGGAAUGACGUGAGAGGCAUGAUUGCGUGUCCGUGUGCCCUCUAGAAGACCAACUUGUGGCUCCGAAAUCAUCAUUUCUUCGUCAAAUUGGCGUCCGUCGGGGACCCGUCUGACAUCGCCUUCGCUCCCUAAUUCGGUGCCCAUCUUUCCACAUUUCAAACGUCAACAUUUCGGUGUAAAGUCUCCACUUCUCAUGUGACUUUUAAUCACUUUACUAUUAUCAAUCAAGCUUUUUAUGUGAUAACGCGAAACCUCAUGGGUACCACACGGAACACUCGCUUGACGAGACGAGACCGGUUUUUGUACUAGAACGAGUACUAGAAAUGUGUAUUCUAUAUAUUUAUUUGUGCUGAAAAUAUAUAAAGAGUAUCGACUUAAAGGGUCCUUUCUCACGUUAUUUGUCGGAGACCUGUCACCCAGAACUAUCGAUUUAGAGGGUAAACGAUGUAGAAAUGCACACGUAUCCUCUUCUGUUUUUUCCGAAUCUCUAGGUCAGUUGGGUACAACUUCUCUGGGAGAUCCGGACCCAUCUGCAGAUGCUUCGUGUCCAAUUUGAUGACCACUGUCACGUGCUUCUGAAGAGAGGGCAUUCAAUUUCCUAUUAACUCUGUCACUGACGAUAAAAUUCUCUCGCUUUUCAAUUUGAACUUGACUGCCCAUGUUUCAUUCCAGGAAACGGCUUUUAGACUUUUGACCUUCGUCCUCCUCCUCCUUCUCUUGCUCCGCAUUGUUUUGGAGCGUUUGGAUCACCAAUCAGAAUGAAUCACGCAUCUCUUCUUUUCCCAUUCCUUCUUCUUCUUCUUCGUCUUCCAAUCCGCUCCUCCUCAAAUCCAAUUUUCAGAUUAGCCUUCGCUGCCUUCGUGGCUGACUCGGCGACCAAACUUUUGGGCAAUCCCGCGAUGAACGCUUUGUGAGUCCCUAUCCCUUUUCUGCUCAAAAAUGUGCUCAAAGUUCAGAAUAGUCAAAGUUCUGAUGCUGGCGAUCGUGAUGUUCGGGCUCUGCUCGUCGCUGCCGGCUUCCACUCAGACGGAUCUCAAGAGAAUAUUCCGAGGUAGGGAAUUGACAUUUGCACAAGAGAUGAAAGAGUCGUAAAAUUUCAAUUAAAAGUUUCUUGCUUCAUGCACAUUUUUAUGAGCUGAGUAACAUCUUGAUGGAAAUAAAACGAGAACCUUCAGAAAUCGCGACGAACGAGAACGCGUACGGAGUGAUCCAAGUGGUACCGUACUCGGAACGCCUUCCCGCCUACAUGGUGAUCGCCAAUCAGUGGUGA